GAUGGUCAGUCACGAACUGUUCGUCAGUUCCAGUUCACUGACUGGCCAGAACAAGGUGUGCCAAAAUCAGGAGAAGGUUUUAUUGACUUCAUUGGACAGGUACACAAGACCAAGGAGCAGUUUGGCCAGGAUGGCCCCAUCUCUGUCCACUGCAGUGCUGGCGUGGGCAGGACUGGAGUGUUCAUCACACUGAGCAUCGUCUUGGAGCGAAUGCGUUAUGAGGGUGUUGUAGAUAUUUUCCAGACAGUAAAGAUGCUGCGAACACAACGACCUGCAAUGGUGCAGACAGAGGAUGAAUACCAGUUCUGUUACCAGGCAGCUCUGGAAUAUCUGGGAAGUUUUGAUCACUAUGCAACAUAAAAAGCCAUCGUUGUGCAGACUCUACCAACCACUUCAGUCCUGGAAGGCCUCUUCUGUCCCAGGAGGAGAGCUUGAACUUACAAAACUGAAUCAGAAGAAGUACCUUUUCAUCUGGACAAUGCUUUGGGGGAGCAGGGGGGAGGAGGAUUGGAAGGAACACCCCUUCAGGAACUCCAUGUAUAAACCUGGCCCAUGGAGAGGCAGCUCAGGAGGUUGCUGAAGGACUGCUUGAAGUGGUGAACUGCUCUUGUUACCUCAAGUGGUGUUCGCUGUGGAGGACCUAAUGGACGUGGUGAAACAGAUC